UCAUUAACUGUCAAGAUACUCCGUAGGCAGGUAUCUGCUAGUCUAGUUUAUUGGUCUCUUCUAGGUACUUCAAGGUAUUAGGUAUAUCGUAUAUUCGACGAAAAUUGGAUUAUCAUAAUAAUAAUUAUAAUCGAAUAUAAUUAAUUUCUCUGUGGGUCAGUGACAUAAAGUUGUCUAUAAAUAUAUUAUAUUCUAGUAUAUGAAACUAUAGUAUGUACCUAAUAUUUACUGUUGUGUAUAUGUAGUAGUGCUUAUCAGUGCUUAUGGGGUUUAGGCAUUAAUUGAUAAUAAGUGCAUUCAUUUAUGCUUCAUAAAUAUUCCUUGUCAUUAAGUAAUGUAUAUUGCCUAAGUAAUUUUGGUACAAAGUGGGUCGUCGUUUCUGAUAGUUAUGUCGCUUUACGACGAUCUUGAUACUAUAAAAGCUCGGACAACAGAGAAGGUGGCCGGUUGGUCUUCUGGUAUAAAGUUACUUCAAUCACAGUUACAAUUGAAGAAAGCGGCUGUAACACAACCCAAACGAGAGGCAUUAAGGCGUUCUACGCAGGUGUUGACUCCUGUGAUAGAUUUAAAAAGCAAGCAAAAAGAUGAUGAUGAAUCAAAUUCUAACAGCCCAAAGAGGCAACCAAAAACAUUAACAGCAUCAUUAAAUGUUCGUGAUUUUGACUGGAAUGUGGCAAAUGAAUAUGAUCCUUUGUGGCCUAAUGAUUAUGAAAAAGUUGCUAAAGAAAUACAAGCAAAAAGAUUACAACUUGAUGGUGCUGACCGCAAUGAUAGGUCAGAAAGAAAACGUAAAAGUAGAUUUGGAGAUGAUGAGGAUACUAUUCCAGAAAAAACACUUGUACCUAUGCAACCAGAAGAGGAAGAAGCUGAAGAGAUAGGUAAACGUGCUGCUGGUGUUGCCAUAGCACCACCACCUUCCCUCACUGCUGGGACUUCAUCUCCACCAACACCAGCUGUUUCACUACCUAUAUCCAAUGCAAGUCCAUCUCCAUCACCUGGAUUCUCAAUCGGAGGCUACGGUGCUAGCUCUGUUGCUGCUAAAAUAAUGGCCAAAUAUGGAUUUAAGGAAGGCCAAGGUUUGGGUAAAAAAGAACAGGGUAUGUCAGUUGCAUUGCAAGUUGAGAAAACGUCAAAAAGGGGUGGCCGCAUUAUUCAUGAAAAGGAUGGCAAUGUUAUGCCACCACCAGGCUUUGCUAUGCCUACAUUGCCUGGACCAGAUUCUCCAAAUGCUGCUUCAAAUUCACCACAGCUUUCUAAACAAGAACCAUCCAUCACUGAAAUAAUGAAAUCGCCAAGCAAAGUUGUUCUAUUGCGGAAUAUGGUGGGUCCAGGCGACGUGGAUGACGAACUUGAACCAGAAGUGAAAGAUGAAUGUAACACCAAGUAUGGAGAAGUAGUCAAGGUGUUAAUAUUUGAAAUGCCAAAUGCGCCCUCAGAUGAAGCUGUAAGAAUAUUUGUAGAAUUCAAACGAAUAGAAAGUGCGAUUAAAGCUGUAGUUGACUUGAAUGGCCGGUUUUUCGGUGGAAGACAGGUUAAGGCAGGAUUCUAUAAUGUUGAAAAAUUUAUUACUCUGCAGUUGACUGAAUAGCAGUGACAGAAUUUAUAAGGGUAGAAAAUAUAAAGAAAAUUAUACUGACCA